AUGCCUCUCUUCUACUCCUAUGAUACCUGUGGGGUCGAGACCCCCAAGAUCGACCAGGACCCUGUGGACGGUUGCAAGUGCAUUGGCAUAGACCAUCGGGCUGGAAGCUUUGCCGUCAGCCUGGACGAUGGCCUCGUCCAGUACCCGGCCGAGCUGGGAGGGAGCUGCCAGGCCUGGGAUGCACAUCUGCAUCCUCUCUGUGCGGCCGGUCGUCCGCCGGAGUUUUGCCAGCAGAAGUGGUGCUACGUGGAUCCCUGUAAGUGCACCGUCAAGUCACCUCCCAAGGAGGCCUUGUAUUUCAACGCCACCAUGAGAGGGAAGAGCAUCUACUACUCUUAUGAAGCUUGCGGCUUCAAAGAUGCCUUCACUCCUAGCUUCAGCAAGAUGCUUGGUGUGAAUGCGAAAGACGAGAAGGAGUGUGGGCUGCUGCCCAAAUGUGCUUGGAGUGGAUCCACAUGUCUUGGAAAGGAACUGGUGGUGCCCGAGCUGUGCAGCCUCGAAAAGGCCUAUAAUGGGACGAAGGUGGAGGACCUGCGAAGCUUCUGCGGCUCCGCCGUGCUGUCGUUGGGUUUGGCUGCCGUGGAUGAGAAUGUGCAUGCGGCGUCGGCGGACGGCUUGCACAUGGCCCCCCCCGCCAAUCAGCUGAUUGCUAGAAGCAGCGGAAAAACGCUGACGCGUCGCCCCCCUUUCGAUCCAUCGGCCCGAAUGGUGGGCCCACGGCAGGCAGCUGUUCUUUGUGGACCCAGGUGUUUUCAAGCUUUCUUCGAAGAGGUUGAUGAAGAAGAAGGCCUGAAGCAGGUGAGGGACGGCGAAGGUGCCUACAAGCAGGUCGUCCGAUAUCACCAUGUGGGUGCUGGUCGGGGAGAUUUCGAGCCCGUGACGCCCCAGCCAGCCACACAGACACAGCUCAUGUGGGUGCCCUUGGGCAUCUUGCUGUUGUUCUUCGUCCUCAGCGUGCCUUUGCUCUUCCUUUGGGACGCUUAUCAUCACAAGGGGGAGGACCCACUGACACUUCCAGAUUGCAGCUUCGACCAUCCGCGGGGCUCUCGUGGGGAUGCUUACUGCUGCCACCACUAUGGCCGCUGUCAAGGCCAUUUGAAACCCCUCAGCUGUGUGCUCACCAGACGGUCUCUUUUUGCUGGUCUGGGUGGCACCGCGUUCGAGGAUCCGUAUGGCUAUGGCGGCGAUGGCGAGCACUUUGACUGCGAUGCCGGCUAUGAAGAUUGGCAGAGUGGAUGGUCCCCCGCCAAGACACAGUGGUGUUGCCGAAAAGAAGGACGAGGAUGCAUGCAAUUUCAAUGCGAAGGGGAGGCGCAGCAGUGGAGCCCUGAAGAGAGUGACUGGUGCUGUGCAAAUCGGCAGCAGUGCCAGAGCUCCGACUCAGGGGCCUGUGACACCAUGUGCACCACAAGUAGCGGUGGGAAGAGUAUCACUUCUUCGUGUAUGGAUCGAAUCCGCUGGGCUGAGCGGCAUUUCUAUUCUGGCCAGGAGGAUUCCUGCUCCUUGGCCUACAGCAGAGUUCGAGUGGAUUGCGAUGUGUGCCGCACAUGCUCCAUUGAGGAGGCAGGCUGCGCGCAGCAACCGCAGGUGCCCCGGCUCCUGGACGACUGCGAAGGGACCGCGGUCGACCGCGCUGGCUGGUCAGCUGAGAAGAAGGAGUUCUGCUGUCGUCAAUGGGGCACCUGCGAGCAGAGUGACGCCGAGGACGGGCCGUCCCGCGACCUGCCGGACGGCCCGACUGGCUCGAGGACGCCACUGGCGCAGCUGGCGUGA